AUGGUGCUCCACGCACGCCUGGCUCGCUCAGCGGCGCUAUUCCUUAUCGCCUGCGGCCUGGGCGCCACAGAAACAGUCGACAGCGCAACCGGCAGCGCGGCCAGCGGUGUGGCCGACAUCCCAAACGUGACCGGCAAACUCGGCGACGCCGCGUCCAUCACCAACAACCCACCGGGGAGGUACCGGGCCGGGUGGACGGCGACGGCGACGAACCCAUUCUCGGGCUCGGUCGAGGCCAUCAGCAGCCCGAAUGGCAAGGGCGUCAUCUUCCUCGUCAACCUGGAAAACUUGCCUUCACAGGGCGGCCCGUUUAGCUAUCACAUACACGAUCAGCCGGUGCCCGACGAUGGCGACUGCAAUAAAACCCUGGCGCACCUGGACCCCUACCAGAGGGGGCAAAAGCCCGACUGUGACGCGAGUGAGCCCCAGACCUGCGAGGUUGGGGAUUUAUCCGGCAAGCACGGAAAGAUUGAAGGGACCAAUGUCCAGGACCGCAUGUUCCACGACAUGUACACGUCCCUGGCAGAGGGCAUCGGCGCCUUUGUGGGAAACCGCAGCGUAGUGAUUCAUUUUGCAAACUCGUCGCGGUUCGCGUGUGCAAAUUUCAUGGCCGUAUAUCCAGACAGGCAGAAAUUGUCAGAGAGGAAUCUACCCAAGGCUAAGGAUAUGCCUCAUGCCAGGCGCAUGUUGAGCUUCAUAAAGGCUUUGCGUGGUGUUAAUGGCCAGCUUUAG